AUGGCGGCAAUGAUAGCAGAGAAAGACUGGCAGCACUUGGGCGCCACGAGAAAAGGAACUUCACUACCCCUGGGUUCGGGUCAAAAUUCGCGAAAAUGA